AUGACCCUAGCCUUACACAAAAAAAGAGGAUCCAGAGGCUUUGGGUCUUCGGACACUCACUGGGUCCAGGAUAUUACUCAGGACCGGCCUCUCCUCAAGCUAAAAUUGGAUGGGAAAAAAAUUGAAGGCCUUAUGGAUACGUGUGCUGAUGCUACAAUUAUUUCUAAAAAAGACUGGCCCUCCUCCUGGCCCCUUCCCCCUUCCAUGAUUCACCUUAAAGGCAUUGGGCAAACCUCUAACCCAUUACAGAGCUCCAAAAUUUUAACCUGGGAAGAUGAAGAAAAAAAUAAGGGCACCGUACAGCCGUAUGUAGUUGAGACCCUCUUGGUUAACUUGUGGGGACGUGAUAUUUUAUCCCAAAUGAAGCUUAUAAUGUGUAGUCCAAAUGAAUUGGUUACUCAACAGAUGCUUAACCAGGGCUUUUGCCCUGGACAAGGCUUAGGAAAACAUUCUCGAGACCCUAAAGAACCCAUUCAGGUGGAGGUAAAACCAAUUGUUUUGGUGUGGGCUAUAAAAAUUUAUCCUAGGGGCCGUUGA